AUGGAGAACAUUUUCGUGCAGCAGCAAAUAGUCGACGAUUUUGAACAGUUCACGCUAGUGGUAUGCAACCUGGACCAACGUGCGUCGUCAGUGGUAUCGGAUAUAAUUAUGCAACCCCCACCACAACAAGCCUACGCCACUCUCAAGACGGCUUUAAUUUUGCGUUGUACAAAACCUGUGGACCAGCGGAUAACACAGCUCCUGUACCACGAGAAAUGCGGCGACCGGUCGCCUUCAGACUUUUACUGGCAUUUACGUGCUAUGGUGGACCCUUCCGUGUUCUCAGACACAUUACUUUUGGACAUAUGGCAACAGCAGUUACCUCCGCGGGUGGACUUAACCUUAAUUGCUUACGAGGGCUGGCGAUUAAGUGAGUUGCUGCAAGUGGCCGAUAGAGCGCACUCCCUGUUAGACUCACGCGCCAUAGUGGCCGCCGACGCAACCACCUCAGCCAACGACACCAGCUGA